AUGGCGUUCUUGAGAAUACUUCGUGGAAAUUUCGAGAUGCAAAGGCAAGUCGUGACUAUUGACUUGCCAAAGUACAAGAAAAAAGUUGAUAGAUUUGGUUGCGAUCUUGCAAUUAAACAUUGUGCGGUGAACGAUGCCGAGUUCGAUCCAGCUAGUUGGUGGGGACUAUUUGGUGGCACAACUCCUCAUUUGACAAAGAUUGCAAUGAGGAUUUUUUCUUUAACUAAUGGAAUCGAAGAAUACCCCGAAACGGUUAAUGAAGCUCUAGCAACCGAUGAUAUUGAAGCUCCCCGAGAAAGUUUAAGAAUGUGGGAACUUUCCGAUGAAGAUUUUGAGUCCGAAAGUGAGGAGGAAGUGCUAGAAGAAGACGAAUAUGAGUCGGAUGGGGUUCAAAUAAUGGAAGUAUGCGGUGAAGAUUAG